AUGAGUAUGGAGCGCGUGGUGCCGAAGAUGCGAAUCAAUAUGCCUCUCGUAACAUCCGAGCUGUUCUUCUCUACGGACGAGACGGCGGCUGUGCAGCCCCUGGAGGGCUCCGAAGCAACAGAGCCAGCAGCAGCAGCAGCAGCAGCAGCAGCAGCAACAGCAGCAGAAGAAGAAGAAGCAGCAGAAGGAGAAAGAGCUUCAUCUCCUUCCAUUGCAGCAGCAGGGGGAGAAAGCAAUGAGGGGGCCCGGUGGUUUACAGCUGGAGAGGAGGCGGAUGACGAGGCCGAGAUAUAUGUCGACCUGAGCAGAGAGCUGGCAGCAAUUGAGGGAGCAGAAGCAGCUUCUUAUUAUCUUUCUGCUGCAACAGCAGCAGCUGCUGCAGCAGGAACAGCAGCACGAACAGCAGCAGCACAAGAGGACGAUCGUCUUGGGGUGCUGCUACAUCCUGUUGAAAGUUUCUCUUCAUCACGUUUCUCUGGCUGGAGGGACGAGAGCAACAGCAGCACUGUUGCUGCCAACAGCCGCCUGUGGCAUCAGCAGCAGCAGCAGCAGCAGCAGCAGCAGCAGCAGCAGCAGGCCGCCGACGCAGAGCCGCUUCCUCUUUGA